AGUCCAUGCAUUUACAUUAUCAACAGAGGUUUUCCCUUGUGUUUUUCACAUUCAUUCUCUGACCUCUUUCUAAUAGUGUUUCUUAGUUAAGAGUAUCAAACAUGGGUUCAGACAACAAUGUUCUUGCUGUAAUAGCCAAGAAUAUUGAUGUUCUUGCUUUGCCUCUAGUCUCUCUUGUUUACCCUCUGUAUGCUUCAAUUAAGGCAAUAGAGACAAAGUCUCGAGCAGAUGAUCGGCAAUGGCUAACUUAUUGGGUUCUUUAUUCUUUGAUUACUCUCUUUGAGCUUACCUUUUCUAAGGCCAUUGAGUGGUUUCCAAUAUGGUCAUAUGCUAAGCUAGCUGCAAUAUGUUGGCUAGUUCUACCUUAUUUCAAUGGAGCUUCCUAUGUUUAUGAGAAUUUCAUAAGACCUUUUUAUAGAAAUCCACAAGUCAAAAUAUGGUAUGUUCCUCUGAAAAAAGACAUUUUUAGUAAGCCAGAUGAUGUCUUAACUGCUGCUGAGAAAUAUAUUGAAGAACACGGACCACAAGCAUUUGAAAGGCUUAUAGCCAAGCAGGCUGAUAGAGAUGCAAGAAGCAGGAGGAAUAACUACAUGAUCUUUGAUGAUGAUUAUCGAUAUUGAUUGGCCUCUCUUUGCACCAUUAAAUUACUUAUUUAGUUAUGUAUGUUGGUAUGUUAUUUUGAUGAGCUAUGUUUGGGUA